CGGGCAGUGCAGGGAAGGCAGUCUCAUCUUUGGCCAUCCUUUCCGACUCACACUGCUUUUGGACUGGGGAGAAAAAUGUACGCCACGGUUCUGCUGUUUGUCUUCAUGUGCUGGACUGCAAGUGCCCACGCAGACCAGCCUCAGCCUUGUCGUUCGCCCAAUAUGACAGGAUUACUUUCCCUGAAGGGAACGUUGGGUGAAGUGAGAGCACUUGGAGUGUUCACAUAUGACUCAAUGCAUAAGAAACUCCGGUUCCAAUCCAAUUCAAGCCUUUCCAUGGAUGUAACCUUGGAUCUGGAUCUCUUGGUGUUUUUUGAGGAGGGGAUAUUAUACAAGAUCGGCAAAAACCAAAGCUGCGAGAAGAAGUCACUGCAAUCCAAAAACCACCCUUUCGCUAUUCCCAACGAUGCAACUUACAUUUCCACCAUGACCUCGGGGAGCAUCUUUAUUGAGGGGGAAGGCCUGAAAUUUCAAAUAUGGACAAUACCAACACCGGGCUAUAAAGGCCAAAGCUUCAUGUGUGCAACCAUGGGGUGUUUACCUCUUAGUACAAUGUUUGCGAGGGAGUCCUCCGGGUUUGUCUACAGCAACUUGAAUGUUGAACUGGAUAUCAAGGACCCAGAUCUUCUCGUGGUGCCUCCCUUUUGCCAAGGAUUGCAUGUGGAGGAGACACCAGAAGGCACAGUGUAUGAUUUCUAUGAAGAAUUCCUUUAAAUAGAGGAAAUAAUUGCAGAGAAGUGUGCUCCGUCAGAUCCCUUCUCUUCCUCUCAUGUGCGACCUUAAUACGCAUUACGCUUUGCAUGAAACUGCUUUCUAUCAAUUACAAAUGUUUUCCCUUGUAAAGGGAGAAAUUACAUAUAUCAUAUCAUUAAUAACUACUCAUAAUUAAGAACUACUUUCACAUCAGUCUUGCUGCUCUCU